ACCCGAAGGGCGAGGAGUGUAAUAUAGUGAACCUGCACCUGUAGAGAGGAGUGAAAUAGAGACAACCUUUAUAUUGGAAAGCCAGUUCAAAAAGUUUGUGCAUGGGCCGAGGUCAAGAAGCAACCUGACCGACAAGAGUUUUGCUUUUAGCAAGGGAGAAGGAACCUUGUAACAGUUACCAUGACAGACACCGCGGCCGAGAAAGGCCAAGCAUUUGACGGGGUCACUGACAAAUCCAAACAGGAUCCUCCUGCAAUCGAUCUGGACGCAAUUCUGACGGAUGAAGUGGGGCAGUUUGGGCGCUACCAGCUGGUGACCCUGGCCUUGGCAGCGCUGCCUGUCAUAUUCUCAGCAUUUGCGGCGGGAGAGUACAUCUUCACCACAGCCAGGAUUCCUACUAGAUGCCGCAUCACGCAGUGCGACGGUCCCGCCAGCGCCGCGCCGCACCCCGAGUUCCGCCCCGAGUGGGUGCUCAACGCCAUCAACGGCACCAGCCGGGACUCCUUCGAGGCCUGCUCGCGGUUCCCGGACCGCCUCCCGCAGCUCCCCAGCAACGACUCCUGCCCGGCUGACUGGUUCGACCGCGCCAGGGUGGAAGACUGCGAUGGUUAUGUCUAUGAAAACACUCUUAGCGUCGUCUAUGAUUUCGACAUGGCGUGCGAUGAGUGGCGUCGCAGCCAGAUCGGCUCCAUCCGCACCAUCGGCACGCUGCUGGUGCUGCCCAUCACGGGGUUCAUCUCCGACCGCUGGGGCCGCCGCGUCGCCCUCACCAUCAAUGCCUUCAACACGGGCUGGAUCGGGCUCGUGCGCUCCUUCGUCAACAGCUAUGAAUGGUUCUUGGCCCUUGAAGUCAUUGAGUCUACUGUCGGGGCGGGGGCGUUCUCUUCUUGUCACAUUUUGGUUACUGAACUGGUUGGCCCCAAAUAUCGAGUAAUGGCGGGUGCCACAAUAUCAACGUUGUUUGCAGUGGGACAGGUGAUCUUAGGAUUUAUUGCGUGGGGUGUCCAAUCCUGGCGCCCUCUCACCCAAGUGCUUUACAUACCCCAACUCUUCGUCAUCUCCUAUUUCUGGAUCCUGUCAGAAUCUGUGCGCUGGCUAAUGAGUAAAGGCCGCUAUGAAGAAUCAGAAGCCAUAUUGACGAAAGUCGCAAAAGCAAACAAGAAGCAAUUGUCUGAUAAAUCUUUGGAACUACUACGAGCGACUGCUGAGGCUGAGAAAUAUAUAGAAAAACCAAAAGAGCCAUGGCUUCCGAUACUCGUGUUCAGAUCGCGUGUGAUUUUACUCCGAUGCUGCGUGGCUCCAAUCUGGUGGAUCACGAAUACGCUCGUCUACUACGGCAUGAACAUCAAUGCCGUGAACUUAUCCGGUAACAGAUACCUGAACUAUGUGUAUGUGGCUGCUAUUGAGAUCCCCGGCUUCUGGACGGCCAUCAUGCUGCUGGACCGCAUCGGCAGAAAGCCAGUUCUCAUUAGUGCGAACUGGUUGUGUGCCAUAUGCCAGUUUAUUUUCGCCUUUAUGCCUGAUGGCCACGCCGGGCUAUCGAUGGCGGUGUACCUGGUGGGGAAGUACAGCAUCGCGGUGGUGAUGACGUCGGUGUACGUGUACACGGCCGAGCUGUUCCCCACCAAGUACCGCCACAGCCUUGUCGCCUUCGCCUCCAUGGUAGGCCGGCUCGGCUCCAUCACGGCGCCACUCACUCCCGCUCUUGGUACAGAGGUGUGGGAGCCGCUGCCACAAAUAUUGUUCGGGGGGUUCGCGCUGCUGUCCGGGAUCCUGAUCUUCACCACGCCGGAGACGCUCAACACCAAGCUGCCCAACACCAUGGAGGAGGCCGAGAGCCUCGGCAAACGUCAACUCAAUAAGUGAUCUGUUAACUAAUAAAGCCUAUUUCAAUUAUUUAAUUGAAAUUCACCUA